CAAUCUAUUAAUCCAGGACCAGGUACCGUGUGGUUUCUCUGAGAGAAAGGUUCGAACGCAAUACCCUCUUUCCUUUGUCAUCGAAAAUGUCUUCUUACCACAAGCCCGAUGCCACUAACUUGCAAGAGCUGAGGGAUAUUGCAAACAAGUUGAGGAUCCACUCCGUUAAAUCAACAUCGGCCAGCAAUUCUGGACACCCAACAUCAUGUGCCUCCAUGUCAGAGAUCAUGUCUGUCCUUUUCUUCCAUACCAUGAGAUACAAGUUGUCGAGUCCAAAGGACCCCAGCUCUGAUAGAUUUAUCCUCUCCAAGGGCCAUGCAGCCCCUAUCCUUUAUGCAGCUUGGGCUGAAGCUGGCCUCUUCCCCAAAGAGGAGCUGAUGAAUCUUCGUAAGAUUGACAAUGACUUGGAAGGUCACCCAACUCCUAGGCUCAACUUUGUUGAUGUAGCCACAGGAUCCCUUGGUCAGGGGUUGUCAGUUGCUUGUGGUAUGGCCUAUGUUGGCAAGUACUACGACAAGGCAUCUUACAGGACCUACUGUUUGAUUGGUGAUGGAGAAAGUGCAGAAGGAAGUAUCUGGGAAGCUCUCAGCUUCGCUGGCAUAAAAAAGCUAGACAAUUUGGUUGCUAUUUUUGACAUCAACCGUCUUGGACAGUCAGAGCCAACAGCAUUCCAGCAUGACAUGGACACAUAUCGAAUGCGCUUGGAGGGCUUUGGAUUCAACACUCUAGUUGUGGAUGGUCAUGAUGUUGAGGCUCUGUGCAAGGCAUUCCAUGAAGCUGCACAAGCAAAGGGUAAGCCCACAGCUAUCCUAGCAAAAACCUUCAAGGGCAAAGGUUUCCCAUCAAUUGAGGAUGAAGAUAACUGGCAUGGAAAGCCCCUGGGUGGUAAAGCUGCAGAAGUCAUUGCUGCAGUGGAAGCUCAGAUUCAGAAUGCUGGUCCUAAUCAACUGGUACCCCAGAAACCAUUGCAAGAUGAUGCCCCUUCAGUAGAUUUGAGUGGAAUUACUCUAAAAUCUCCUCCUAGCUACAAUAUGGGUGACAAGGUAGCAACAAGACAAGCUUAUGGUACAGCUUUGGCCAAGCUGGCAGAAAGCAAUCCCCGUGUAAUUGCUUUAGAUGGUGACACCAAAAAUUCCACAUUCUCCAAUGCAAUGUUGAAAGUUGAUCCUUCAAGGUACAUUGAGUGUUUCAUUGCUGAACAGAAUUUGGUCGGUGUAGGUAUUGGCACUGCAUGCCGUGACAGAACUGUGGCCUUUGUUUCUACUUUUGCUGCUUUCUUUACUCGUGCCUUUGACCAGCUGCGUAUGGGAGCUAUUUCACAGACAAACCUGAAUUGUGUUGGAUCUCAUGCUGGUGUAAGUAUUGGUGAAGAUGGCCCAAGUCAGAUGGCCCUAGAAGAUCUAGCAAUGUUCCGCAGUAUUCCUGGAUGUACAGUUUUCUAUCCAUCUGAUGCAGUUUCAACAGAACGAGCCUGUGAGUUGGCUGCCAACACUCAGGGGAUCUGCUUCAUCCGUACCUCUCGUCCAGGCACUGCAGUAGUUUAUGAUAAUGAUCACCAGUUCCAGAUUGGAAAGGCUAAUGUUUUGAGGUCAUCUGGUGAAGACAAGGCUCUUGUCAUUGGCGCUGCUAUUACCCUGCGUGAAGCAAUGACUGCUGCUGAUAGCCUUGCCCAAGAUGGUGUCAAUGUUCGAAUUAUGGAUCUUUUCACAAUAAAGCCCAUCGACCAGGAGGCCAUUAUAAAGAAUGCCAAAGAAUGUGGUGGUCGUAUUGUUGUGGUUGAGGAUCACUACCCAGAAGGUGGUAUUGGUGAAGCUGUAAAGUCUGCUGUAGCUAUGGAACGUGACAUCAUCGUAAAGCACCUUGCUGUUCCUCGUAUUCCACGCUCUGGAAAGUGCGACGAACUUCUUGAAAUGUUUGGGAUUUCUGCAAAGGCUGUGGCCGAUGCCGUUCGUGAAGUGCAGUCACUCUAAUGUGCUAAUUUAUGAUGAGAUAUUUAAGUGAACUUUAUUUUGAAAGAGUUUUAUUUUUAGCACAUUUUCCUAUCAUAAGGAUGGAUGCAUUCCAUAAAGAAAAUUCCAGCGAGUUGCUUAGUCACUUUUAUUUGCUUGACUUGUCUGAAUCAUUCCAUUGAAAGAGAGGUCACUUCACUAUUAGUUUUUAAGGCUUUUUUUUUUCAGAGACCUGUUUCAUGUAAUUGUUAUUUAAACCUGCCUUUAUGGUAGGGAGAAGUAUUAAGUGUUGGGCCCCCCAUGGGGACCAAUGUGAUAGAAGAAUUGAAAUAUUCAGUGGAAAUUAUAAAUUGUUUUUGUUUCUAGCUUUCAUGAAUUAGAGAUGUAAAGUAUUUGAUAUUAGAAAAUUUUUAUUUAACGGGAAUAUACGUUGUUAUAUA